CUCAACCUUACCUGCUCAGGGCGGGGGGUCAAUGAAACUACAAAGCAGUAAAGCUCGUGGUAAGGAAAAGUGAGAGGAAAAAAGCUAAAAAGCCUUAAAAAAAGUUGAUUGCAGAAAGCAAGAGCUUUUCUUCUCUCUCUAUUUAGCCAUAUUCGCUCUUCUAGGAGUAAAGCUGCAACCCACUAUUCCAACCUCUCCACCUGUACAGGCCGUAGGAUUGAUUUUCCUAACCAUCCCCACCAUAUACUGACCGAAAAGAACCAAAUCCACCCAUGUUAGAUUGUGUUGUUUCUUCUGGUGCUCCAUCUUCUUCUUGUGAUAUAUUUGUUUCCCAAGAAAAUGGAGUCACUAACAAAAGAAAAAGAAGACCAGCAGGCACACCGGAUCCAGAUGCCGAAGUCGUGUCUCUCUCCCCAAAAACCCUAUUGGAAUCAGACCGUUAUGUGUGUGAGAUCUGCAACCAAGGGUUCCAGAGAGACCAGAAUUUGCAGAUGCAUAGACGAAGGCACAAAGUUCCAUGGAAGUUGCUUAAGAGGGAGACACAGGAGGUGAAGAAGAGGGUUUUUGUGUGCCCGGAGCCUAGCUGUUUGCACCAUGACCCAUGCCACGCCCUUGGAGAUCUCGUAGGAAUCAAGAAGCAUUUCAGAAGGAAGCACAGCAAUCACAAGCAGUGGGUGUGUGAGAAAUGCUCCAAGGGAUAUGCUGUGCAAUCCGAUUACAAAGCUCACCUCAAAACCUGUGGUACCAGAGGCCAUUCGUGUGACUGUGGCCGUGUGUUUUCCAGAGUAGAAAGUUUCAUUGAGCACCAAGACGCUUGCACGGUCCGGCAGGCUCGGCCUGGAAUACAGACACCCCAGCCAGCGGCGUGCUCAUCUCGAACAGCGUCGAGCACCAGCCCAUCAAGUGACACCAACAAUUUCAGCGCAACCCCAUUGCCUAGAAUGCUAGCUUCAAAGCCGCCGGAGCCGAUUUUCUUAAGCUCGGAGAGGCAAAAAAGCUUCUCCUCCACAUCCGAACAGAAACACAAUUUGGAACUUCAACUCCUGCUUUCAUCUAAUGCCCUCUCCUUGCAAAAUCCGGACGACACUUACGCGACCCAUUUGAAGCUUUCAAUAGGAUCAUGUAAUGGUGUCGAGAAAAAUGAAAAGCAGCCUACUCUGGAUACGAGAAGAAGCUCGCUUGGCGAUAAUAGUGAGAAUGAACGCUCAUUGGAAGUAAAAAGGUUGAAAGAAUUUGCAAAGGAGGAGCUAAAGUUGGCCAUGACUGAAAAGGCCUACGCCGAGGAAGCUAGGCGAGAAGCGAAGCGACAAAUUGAGAUGGCCGAGCUUGAGUUUACAAAUGCCAAAAGGAUAAGGCAAAACGCGCAGGAUGAACUCGAGAAGGCUCAGCUUCUGAAAGAUCAAGCCACCAAGAAAAUCAGCUCCAUCAUGUUGGAAAUCACUUGCCAGGGUUGUAAGCAAAAAUUCAACGCAUCUACGAUUAAUUUGCCACCGUCUGAUGAGACCUCGCUUGCUGUGAGUUAUAUGUCCUCAGCCACAACAGAAGGGGAAGGAGAAUGAAAUGCAACAUGACCAUGCAACCCUGUAAAUACGCAGCUUUGUCUCUUUUAUUAACUCACUAUUUUGUAUUCAAAUUAUGAAGCCUCGUAAUCUUCUAUUGAUCUUGAUAUAAAAUUAAUUUUCUUUUGCUGCGCAUCAAAAGUAGGUGUUUUGAGUCUGACCAUUGUUUGGGAGUACUUUUAAUUAAAUGAGUGUAGCACC